AUGCGGACCUCGAUGCAUCCUCAAGCCAAGUUCGAUCCGAUCCCCCCGGACUUGGACCUUCACACACUGGUCGACCAGACUCCAAACUUCGAAUGGGUCCUCCGCAUAUCGACUGCACAAAUUCAGGGCCUUGGCCCUCAAGAAUUCGAGAAAUUGGUACAGCUGCAAGUCAUCCAGGGCGGGAAGCCGCUGGUCAUUGAGAAAUGGAAUGAUGUCCUUCCCCAAUGGCUUUUCAGCAGGGAAUGGCUGGAGAAAACUUACGACAAGAAACAGGAAAACGUUCGCGACAUCACCGGUCAAACCGAAAUCCCGAUGACCAUGGGUCACUACUUGAGAGCCAUGAACCAACUUUCCAACCAAUGGACCCCGAGCAAUUAUCGAGACGAAAGGCGGCAACGUCUUUACCUCAAGGACAUCGACUGUCCGCCUCAGUGGCACGAGCACCUUCAGAAGGUCAUUCCUCCAAACCUUUUCUACAUGAACGAGAAUGUUACGCAGAAAGGAGCUGUCAAUCCACAAAACAACGACGUCUUCCGCGGUAUUGGCGACAGAACGACGCUAGCUCCUGCGGGCGACCUGAUGUCAAGCCUUCCCGAGGAAAUGCGAGCGCAGAACCUCAUGUGUUAUAUCGGCCAUGAAGGGACCUUUACUCCGGCGCAUCGUGAAAUGUGCGCCAGUCUUGGUCAGAACAUUAUGGUUGAAGCUUCGGGCAGCGAGAACGGAGAGAAGCCAGGCAGCUCCAUCUGGUUCAUGACGGAAACCAAAGAUCGGGAAGUUGUCCGCGAGUACUUCCUUUCGAUGCUCGGCCAUGACAUCGAGAUCGAGAAGCAUUUUGCGCAAAUCAACGCUUGGAAGAAGGCCACAUUUCCUGUCUACAUCGUUGAGCAGAAACCUGGCGACUUCAUCCUCGUCCCACCCCUAGCUCCCCAUCAGGUCUGGAACAGAGGUACCCGCACUAUGAAGGUUGCGUGGAACCGGACAACAGUCGAGACUCUAGACAUGGCACUCCAUGAGGCCUUGCCAAAGGCCCGGCUCGUUUGUCGCGAUGAGCAGUACAAGAACAAGGCCAUUAUCUACUAUACGCUCAAGAAGUACUACCGGCAGAUGGUGCAAGCAGAGGAGAAGGCCGAGAUGGGAAUUCUUGGUCUGGGCUCUGAACUGUUCCGCUCUUCGACACGCUACAAACAGCUCGCCAAGGAUUUCCGCCACCUUUUCUCGUUGUUUACCGAGGUUCUCGUCGAUGAGAUGUUUGCAACCAAAGAGAAAAAUAUUGAUUACGUUGAGUACGAUUCUUGUGUCACUUGCUCGUACUGCAGAUCAAACAUUUUCAACCGAUUUCUGACCUGCAAGCACUGUGUGCGAACUCUGGUCAAUGGUGACGAGGAUGCAUAUGAUGUCUGCAUGGAGUGUUAUGCCAUGGGACGGUCCUGUGUGUGCAUCUCCAACCUCGAAUGGUGUGAACAAUGGCACUGGUCGGAGCUGACAGAUAAUUACGAGCUCUGGCGAUCCAUGGUCAUCAAGAAUGACGGUUUUGUCGAUUUGGAGCUUUCACCACAGCCUCUUGAGAUCGCUCGCAGCCGACGAGGCAAGAAGUCGCUCGCCGAAAUAUGCCAGGAGGGCCUCCGCAGGCGACCUUUCAAGGAUAUCUCAAAACUCGAGGAGGAGAAAAAGCUCACUGAAUCCGAACCCGAAACAGAGCUUGAUAACAACGGCAAGCCGAAGAAGAGGAAGUAUAAGCGUAAGAAGAAGAAGGGAGAUCUUCGCCGCUGCCACGUAUGCUGCCACAAGGAUUAUGCAUACAAGGUGCAGGUCUGCUCCAACCCAGAAUGCAAAGAAGGCUACUGCUAUGGCGUGCUCUAUCGUGCGUUUGACAUGAUGCCACAGACGGUACAAGAGAACGAGAAAUGGCUCUGCCCGAAGUGUCUGGGUAUUUGCAAUUGCGGUGCAUGCCGCCGCGCGGAGAGUAGCAAUCCUUAUACACCGAAGAACACCCUCCUCGGCCAUGACACCCGAGCCAUUGCCGACGAUCGAAGCGUCGAGGUUCUCGUCGAUUUCCGAGUUCACAACCUGAACUGGCUCAAGACUGCGGGCGAAGAGGGCCGCAGCACCAACAGCAAGCGCAUGAAGGAGUUGAGAGAGAAAGCCGACACCGCCAAAGCUCAAGAAACAGCCGCCAUUACUGCGGAGGACAUCGCGAACGGCGCCAACGGUGCCGCCGGGUCUGUGGAAAACGUGGCGAAUGGAUACGGCGACCAGAGCCAGGUUCUCGGGGGGUAUGACAUCCAAAUGCAAGACCAGAGCACUUUUGAAGGUGGUCAAGACAUGUCCCAGGUAGACCAUGACCAGUCUAUGCCGCUCGCUGAUAUGAGCCCGCCUGGCGGAUGGGACCAGUCAGCCUAUCCAGAUCCCUUGGAUGGUCAGCGCAUGUUCGGUAUGGGCUACUAUGAGCAAGAUGGACCAGAUCAAAUUCUCUUCGAUCCUUUCCAAUUGCCUUCUGCAGAGGCCAUGGUCUUUGACCAAGAGGCCGAGUACAUUACAAAGACACUGCGCGCGCAGAAGCGGAAAGCAAGGCACGAGAACGAAUUCGACCCGGACUUCAAUGCACCUAGGAGCCACCACAAGAAAAAACAGAAGAAGGACGAUGCGGGCGAUGUUUCGAGUAUUGACCCUGCCCUGCUUAGCGGUACACCUUUUGCUUCCGGCGUCGCUGGCACAACCGGAGCGGACGAAAAUCCCGAGUCAAACGAUGCUAGCGUUGCUCCUGAAAAUGAGGCUCCAGCUCAGUUGGAGAGUGAGGCAGCGCAAACGGGAGAAGGACAGCGACCGAAGAGCGGUUAUCCGGCGGCUCAAUAUCCGGCAAACGUCCCUGCGCUUCGGCAUGCCAGGCCCAAGACAUCGUAUGCUGAGCCCGAAGAGCCAGUGGUUGAUGACCCGGACGACAUCGUACCAGCAUUCAACGACAAGCCGCUCGUCCAAAAUGACGAGCCGCAACCCGGCGACAGCAGCGUCGAUCCCCUGGAUCUUGCUUCUGACGCUUUACGCGCUCUCAUUCGGAAAGGAACUGACGUGGCGAAUGCUACCGUCGCCGCUACCACAAUCGAAACGCCCAAGAUGCCUAAGAGGCGAGGAAGGCCACCGAAGAGCGCAAGCUCGACACCAGCAUCGGCUACAAGAGCCGCGGUUGUGCCGAAACCGUCCCCCGCAGACCUUGCCGCGAAGAAGCGCGAGGAACGCGCGUCUCGGCGAUCGCGUCUCAGCGGGGUUGUGACUAUCGAUGGAGCCAGUCACUUCAACCCUCGAAGGCAAGAUGGCUCUGAAGAUGGCAAUCGUGACGCAGUCAAUGGCGUUACGGAGGCUGAGCUCGAGGCUGAGCUUGAUAGAGAGUUGGCUGGAGAUUCGCAGAAAGCACCAGUUACGUCGAUCGAGGAACUACAACCAACGGAGGCUAUUGUGCAGCCACCUAAGAGGCGUCGCGGCCGACCACCUAAAAACAAGGUUGCUCCUGCAGAGACGGAGCCUGUCGAUAGAUCUCCUCCUCCGCCUCCUGCAGCUGCAACAGGAAUGAUGUCCAUGGCAGCUCGCGUUGCAGCUCGUGGUGGGAAGUUUAAGAUUACUUCUCGCCAGUCGCGGGAUUGGAGUACUAAGGAGCCCUCGGCCCCGGCCCAAACAUCGUCAGAGAGGCAGUCUAGCGGACGUGGCGAACAGCAGCCGGAAGUCACGUCGGCUGAAGAGCCCGUGCGGGAACCAUCGAGGGUGUCGAGUGUAGAUGUUACGCCUCCGCCUCCUGCCGCGACGACGAGAGCGAGAGACUCGAACUCGGAUCACGCGCCCCCAUCUCCUGGCGUCAGGCACAGAGAGCCAAGUUCGGAUCCUAUUUCUCCACCCUCAGGCGUAGACGGCAGACCUGAGCAGAGAUGCAAGCCCUCUUCCGCCGCCCGCACGGCGCGGUAG